CCUGUCCUUGUCCUUUAUGAUCCCUUCCACCAUACCACCCCCCCUGUAGCGGCUGUGUGUGUGUGUGCUGGGAGAGAGCAGGCAUGUGAGGCGUGUUUACAUGUGAUUCCAGGUGGAAGCGUGGGUCUUCUGCCCCGUCCCUUGCUAUUCCUCCAUGGAGCCUGGCUGGGGGGUGGGAGGCAGUGUAUAAGUAUGUACAUAUUUCCUGGAUGUCCCCCUUUAGCCUUCCACAAUAUCAGACUGUUUCCCAACCCCAUUUCCGUGACUUGGGCUCCUUCUGCCCAGUUCAGAUCCCAUUGCACCAAAUCUAGAGACUAGAGUCUGUCUCUGUACAGGGAUUCUCCACGUGGCCAGCCUCCAUUGCGUUUGGAGAGAGGGCAUGGGACCAGUUUAGUGAGCCAUUGAUGGAGGAUGUGGACCUGGCUUCUCCUCCCCACUUGGGUUUGACUAACUUCCUUUCCCUUCCCGAGGCCUGUUUGCUUCUUUGUAAAAUAGGAGUUAAAUGAGAUGAUUUCUAAGCUGAUUCUGAGACCUUGGAUGAGUCCUUUCCAGCCUGGGCCUCUGUAUCCUUCCUGAUACAAGUUGGGACUAGGUGCUCUCGACAGGCAGGUCACUGUGUGACCUGUGAUGAUAGCGAUGCCUUGGACUGCUGGCUGAGAAUGCUGGGAGUGCUUCUCCUCCCUUGACCACUCAAUGAGCCUGCCGGGCACUGUCUGGGCCACCUUGCAGCCAUGGCAGGGAGGCCUGGAUUCUGGAUGAUGAUUGGUCCUCUGGCAGCCUUCCUAGGGGAAGAGGCCCCAAGGAGCUCCCCCUCACCCACCCGAAGGUGAGGCCCCACCCUGAACAUCUAGCUGCCUGCCUCCAAGGGGACGAACAGAUAAAUGAAUUAUUCACAGAGUUUAAAUUAAAAGUGAACCAGCAGAUUUGGAAUAAUUUUGGCCUUGGUUAUGGCUGCGGGAGAAGGGGAGGGAGGGAUUGGGGCUGGGGAGGGGGUCUGCUGGAGGAAGCCUGACUAAAGGCAGGGGGAGGGAUGGAACGGUCUGAGCUGCCCUUAAAAUCGCUACUUCAGGGUGCGCUUGCCCAUUGGCGAGGCUACUGCGCAGGCGCGGCUUUGGUUGGCCCGUCGUUACUAAGGCGACGGGAAAGGGAAGAACACCGUAACUGUCCUGGUCCCGGACCAGUAGGCUUCAGGAGGAAAGAGUGCGCGUGCGUACUCCUUAGAGAAGAGGUGGGGCGGAGACGAGGGAGAAAGGGCUAAGAUCUCCUUUCCCAUUGGUUGGCUCAUUUCGCGCUUGCGCGGUAGCCCUGGGCACCCUGUCUACUAGCUGCAGCGCAGUUGCAGCUUAGAUUGGACUCGACCUCCCGGGGCGGCCCGCUCAGGCGCACAGAAGCCCCGCCCCCGGGCAAGCUCUACGGCGGCGCGGCGAUCCGCGGCCUACCAGUCGGCGCCCUCGGCUCCUCUCGCGAGCCGCGCCCCAAGCCGGAAGCCGCUAAGGCGCUAGGAGUGGAGAGGCGGGGGGUCAGAGGCGCGCCUCCGGAAAGAGCCGAAGGUGGGCUCGAGCGCCUCCGGAAAGAGCCGAAGACCGGAGAGGGCCGCGCGGUCGCCGGAGGGAGCAAAGGAAUACGACGCACUCCUUAGCGUUCGAACUCCAGGGCAAACUCGAGAUUUCCUCGGCGGGAUCCGUGCAGCCUCGCGAGCCGGAAUAAGGGUGCCUUCCGGCCGGAGCCGAAGAGCCCCUUAAGCCGAGGCUGCGCGGACCAUUCGGCCGAUUGAAGCGCGGUGGGGGCCGGAAGCAGCCGAAGCAUUCCGAAAAGAGCCGAAGGGGCUCGGGCCCCUCCUCGAGAGCGAGCGCGCAGGAGGCGGAGUUUGCAGAGAACCGGAAGCGGGCGAGGCGGGCGCCGGAAGUGGGCGAGGCGGCGCCGAGGGCAGGCGAGGCAGGCCAGGCCGGGCCAGGCGGGGGGGACGGGACGGGGGAGAAGGUGCGAGCGCGGGCCGCGGCCGGCCGCCCCUCAGCAUGUCCGACUUCGACGAGUUCGAGCGGCAGCUCAACGAGAACAAGCAGGAGCGAGACAAGGAGAACCGGCAUCGGAAGCGCAGCCAUAGCAGGAGCCGAAGCCGAGACCGGAAGCGUCGGAGUCGCAGCCGGGACCGACGCAAUCGGGACCAGCGAAGUGCUUCUCGGGACCGGAGGCGGCGCAGCAAACCUUUGACCAGAGCUGCUAAGGAGGAACACGGUGGAGUAAUUCGUUCUCCUCGUCAUGAGAAGAAGAAGAAGAUCCGCAAAUACUGGGACGUCCCGCCGCCUGGCUUUGAGCACAUCACCCCCAUGCAAUACAAAGCCAUGCAAGCUGCCGGUCAGAUUCCAGCCACUGCCCUUCUUCCCACCAUGACCCCCGACGGCCUGGCAGUGACGCCCACCCCUGUGCCCGUGGUUGGGAGCCAGAUGACCCGGCAGGCCCGUCGCCUCUAUGUCGGCAACAUCCCUUUUGGCAUCACAGAGGAAGCCAUGAUGGAUUUUUUCAACGCCCAGAUGCGCCUUGGGGGGCUAACCCAGGCCCCUGGCAACCCGGUUUUGGCUGUGCAGAUUAACCAGGACAAGAACUUUGCCUUCUUAGAGUUCCGAUCAGUGGAUGAGACGACUCAGGCCAUGGCCUUCGAUGGCAUCAUCUUCCAGGGCCAAUCGCUCAAGAUCCGCAGGCCCCACGACUACCAGCCACUGCCCGGCAUGUCCGAAAACCCCUCUGUCUACGUGCCGGGUGUCGUGUCCACUGUGGUCCCCGAUUCUGCCCACAAGCUGUUCAUUGGGGGUCUCCCCAACUACCUGAAUGACGAUCAGGUCAAGGAGCUGCUGACUUCCUUCGGGCCCCUCAAAGCCUUUAACCUGGUCAAGGACAGCGCCACGGGCCUCUCCAAGGGCUACGCCUUCUGUGAGUACGUGGACAUCAACGUCACUGACCAGGCCAUCGCGGGGCUGAACGGGAUGCAACUGGGGGAUAAGAAGCUACUGGUACAGAGGGCUAGUGUGGGAGCCAAGAACGCAACGCUGGUGAGCCCUUCGAGCACGAUAAACCAGACGCCGGUGACGCUGCAGGUCCCGGGCCUGAUGAGCUCCCAGGUGCAGAUGGGCGGCCACCCCACCGAGGUGCUGUGCCUCAUGAACAUGGUGCUCCCCGAGGAGCUGCUGGACGACGAGGAGUACGAGGAGAUCGUCGAGGACGUCCGGGAUGAGUGCAGCAAGUACGGGGUGGUCAAGUCCAUCGAAAUCCCCCGGCCCGUGGACGGCGUGGAGGUCCCCGGCUGCGGCAAGAUCUUUGUGGAGUUCACGUCGGUGUUCGACUGCCAGAAGGCCAUGCAGGGCCUGACCGGCCGCAAGUUCGCCAACAGAGUGGUUGUCACCAAGUACUGCGACCCCGACUCCUACCACCGCCGGGACUUCUGGUAGAAGCAGCGGGAGGGGGCCGGGUCAGGGGGCCAGAGCUGGCUGGGGGACCCCCUCCCCUCCCCCUCCCUUGGCCCCGGCCUGCAGCGGCGGCGGCGGCGAGGAGGAGCGCCGGGGGGCAGGGGCGCGGACACACUCACACACUCACACGGGGGGUGGGGGAUGGGGAGGGCACUGGGGGGGUGGGGUGGGCCCCCCUCCUCCCCUCGCGGUAGCAACAUAGCGUGUUUCUAUUUUACGGCCAAAACUUUUUUCAAUUUUGUUCUCCCGCCCCCGCCCCGCCCCGCCCCGCCCGCCCAGGACCAUGAAGCCCUUCCCCGCCCCCACUCCCGGGACCCCUCCCCUUCCCCUCCGUCCCGUGAUGGUUUCUUAUGUAGUAGAGAUGUUGUUUCUCCGCCCCCCCCUCCCCCGGCAGUUUCAUAUUUGCUAAAGACGAAUUUGCUCAUUAAACAUUUUGUUGUAUUUUA